UGCAGCAACCUUGCGUCUUGACACAACGCCGGUUAGCCACACCACGAGAUACACAAUGAGCUUAAUGGUGGACGGCGACGAGCAAUUUACAAAUACAACACCACCACGAGAACUCACCCAAAAUCCGCUGAAGAAAAUAUGGAUGCCUUGCAAAAAUGGCCUUCCAGAAAAACACAUCUUUCAAAGGAAGGUAUGCAUGACAAAUUGCCCCACACUUAUAGUCACUGUGGGCCUUCCAGCCAGGGGAAAGACCUACAUUUCCAAGAAGCUCACACGCUACCUCAACUGGAUUGGUGUUCCCACCAAAGAGUUCAAUGUUGGGCAGUACAGAAGGGAGUUUGUGAAGAUCUACAAGUCUUUUGAAUUCUUCCGUCCAGACAAUGAAGAGGGCCUCAAGAUUAGGAAGCAGUGUGCAUCAGCAGCUCUCAAUGACGUACGGCAAUAUCUCACAGAUGAGGGAGGCCAAGUGGCAGUUUUUGAUGCAACAAACACUACAAGGGAGAGGAGAGACACCAUCAUCAGAUUUGCUGAACAGAAUGGUUUUAAGGUAUUCUUUGUGGAGUCUGUCUGUGAGGACCCUGAUGUAAUUGCAGAAAACAUUGUGCAAGUGAAGCUAGGCAGUCCAGACUACACCCACUGCAACACAGAGGAAGCUGUGGAAGACUUUAUGAAGAGGAUAAAAUGUUAUGAGAACUCGUACCAGACACUUGAUGAGGUCUUAGACAGAGAAUUGUCCUACAUUAAGAUCAUUGAUGUUGGCCGGCGGUACCUGGUGAACCGGGUGCAGGACCACAUCCAGAGCCGUAUUGUUUACUACCUCAUGAAUAUUCAUAUCACACCUCGUUCCAUCUACCUGUGCCGGCACGGCGAGAGUGAUCUCAAUGUCAAGGGUCGCAUCGGUGGGGACUCCGGUCUCUCAGAAAGGGGCAAGGAGUUUGCCAAACGUUUGGGCCAAUUCAUUCAGGAGCAGGACAUCAGUGAUCUGAAGGUCUGGACCAGUCAGAUGAAGAGGACGAUUCAGACAGCUGAAGCACUGAGUGUGCCUUACGAGCAGUGGAAGGCUCUUAAUGAAAUCGACGCUGGUGUUUGUGAGGAGAUGAUGUAUGAAGAGAUCCAGGAACACUACCCUUUAGAGUUCGCCCUACGGGACCAGGACAAAUACCGCUACCGAUACCCAAAGGGAGAAUCCUAUGAGGACCUGGUUCAGCGUCUAGAGCCUGUGAUCAUGGAGCUAGAACGUCAAGAGAACGUUUUGGUUAUCUGUCACCAGGCAGUCAUGCGCUGUCUAUUGGCGUACUUCCUUGAUAAGUCAGCAGAGGAGCUGCCUUAUUUGAAGUGCCCUUUGCACACAGUGUUGAAGCUCACACCAGUGGCCUAUGGCUGUAAGGUGGAGUCUAUCUGCUUGAAUGUGGAGGCAGUAAAUACCCACAGAGACAGACCAGAGAACGUAGAUGUCUCGCGGAUGGCAGAGGAAGCUCUGCUAACAGUGCCAGCUCACCAGUGACAUAGUGUCUGUCCUUCCCUAUCCCUCUAACUGUCUUUACUCAAGAGGACAGGGCAUUCACUCGCUAGAAUUGUCCCAGUUGGGCCUUAUCAGAGCAAUAAUACUAAUACUAAUAUAUUUUCUGAGCUUCAUACACCAGGAAAUACGGCUUUUUCAGAGCUUUUUUUUAUCCUAUAGAAUGCCGUGGUAAUUAACUGGAAUCCAGUUCAAAUGUGAUUAACCCUGCUAUUAGGGUCUAAUUAUUUUAAGGAUUCAUUCAGUGAGAUUUCUUUAUGCAAAUGUGUUGUUUGUCAAGAAUGAAAUGUUUCUGGUUUCAAGUAGUUCCUGUGAGACACUUUAGAUCAGUACAACAAUAAUAGGAUUUUAGGACAGUAGCAGCUAAUCAUGAAUCAUACAACACUAAUUCGA